AUAACAACGUCAUUUCCGUUUGGUGUAAACUCUGGCGGGAAAUCAUGUCCGCGUGACCUACUUAGUUCACUCUGAGGUGUUUGUUUAACUGUUGAACCGGUAGCCUUGGCAAACAAACAAACAAACAAGCAAACAAACAAACAAAAGCCGUUAGUCAUGAGUCGUGUGCUGAACUGUAUCGUAGCGGUUUGUCCGGAUAUGGGCAUCGGGAGAAACGGAAAUCUGCCCUGGCACCCGAUAAGACUGAGUAAUGAGUUCAAGCACUUUCAGAAGAUGACCAUGACUCCUGCUGUAGAAGGUAAAAAGAACGUAGUCAUCAUGGGCAGGAAGACCUGGUUCUCGAUACCGGCACAGAACCGGCCUCUCAAGAACAGAAUCAACAUAGUCCUGAGCCGAGAACUCAAGACGCCUCCUGAAGGAGCACACUACCUAGCAUCUGACUUUAGCUCAGCGCUUCAAAUGCUGGAGAAUCCAGAGCUCAAGGCUCAAGCUGAUCAAGUGUGGAUCAUCGGUGGGAGCUCGCUGUACAAGGAGGCAAUGGAGAGCUCGGAACGCCGGCGUCUGUUUGUAACGAGGAUCCUGAAGCAGUUUGAUUGCGACACGUUCAUUCCUAACAUCGAUCUAGACAAGUUCAGGCUCCUUCCUGAGUUCCCCGGAGUGCCGGCAGGGUUGCAGGAGGAAAACGGGCUGCAUGAGAGACCCCCUUCAACCAAACCUGUUCGAGGACUGAGAAGAUCUGCAGGAAACGAGAGGUAUCUGCUGGAGAAUGGUGCCGACCCAAAUAUCCAGGACAAAUCUGGUAAGACUGCUCUCAUGCAUGCCUGUGUGGAGCGAGCUGGGCAGGAGGUCUUGUCUCAGCUGCUGUCCAGUGGAGCUGACUUGAGUUUAGAGGACCACUCUGGUUCCUCUGCACUAGUGUAUGCUGUUAAUGCUGGCGACAAGGAAGCGCUGCGAGUGUUACUAGAUGCCUGUAAGGCCAAAGGCAAGGAGGUCAUUAUUAUUACCACAGAUAAACUCCCCUCUGGCAGACAAAUGACCAAACAGUAUCUGAAUGUCCCUCCACCGCCAGAUUUGGAGGAUCGGUUGCAUUGUGUUACUACCGUCUGCAUGUCACCUUCUGAAAUUAAACUCUCUCCUUCUCAUGUCUCCUCACAUUCAAGUCAGUCACAAAAUGCCCUUUUACACCUGGCAGAAAACCAAGCAAUGGGUUCUGCCUCUGCAACCACUGCUAAUUCAAGGGCAGGGUCACCUACAAGGGACCCAAGUCCAUUGCGAGCAGCCGGCGUAGCCAAACUUCUUCACCUUCAAAGGCUACACUCAGAGCCAUGGCUAAAGAUCCCACCAUCCCUGUUACUGCAGCAAAGCAAGGCCUCAUCCUUCACAGAGGAGCUCCUCGAUAUCACCCCAGAAGAAGAGCUCUCUUUUGGCUUUAACAGCCAUCGUCGUUUGUCUCACAGAGCACCACCAGUUGCUCGUCAUCAAAGCAUGGAUGCCACUGGUCUGCUCAGAGCCUUGGACAAAGCAACAGAAGCAGAGAAAGAACAAAAGAAAGAGGUGAAGUGGCUAAGCAGGAAAAUGUCCUAUGAUGGUGUUUCUCUGCCACAUUCAGCUUCACACCAGAACCUCCUUAAAGAAGCCUCAGGCGGCGAGACCAUUCCUAUGGAUAAAGACCCAGACUGCCUUCCCAACCUGGCUGUGUCCAGCCUCCAGGAUGUCGUGCGCCGCCGCAACAUUGGGAUGGACCACUACAGCUCAGACUCCCAACUACCUCAGUUUGGGAGUCAGCACUCAGAUGAGCUUGGCAAAGCCGGCACAGUGGGAGGAGGGGGAACAGAAAAGCGUAAGCUAGUUUACAGCCGAUCUUCCACCCUGUCUGGCUCAAGGGAGUCUCUGGAAAGCAUAGUCCAAAGGAGAAGCCCAGCGAUGAUGGAGCGCAGAGGAUCUGGGGCUCUUCUGCUGGAUCAUAUCGCACAGACUCGGCCAGGCUACCUGCCACCACUAAACCCACACGCGCCCAUUCCAGAUAUCAAAGUUAACAUCACCAGCACUUGCGUUGAUCGGGGAACCAAACCUGGUCCUGCCACUGCAGCUGGAACUGUAACCAUACCUGUCGCUCCUGGUCAAAGGCAUUUUGUGCCCUGUGCUCCUAGCCUUCCCCGAGACCAGAAGACCAAAAAGACUCUUCUGAGAAGACACUCCAUGCAAACGGAGCAGAUUAAGCGCCUGGCCAACUUUGGGGAGAUUUUUGGACAAUAAAGUGCACUAAUGUACCUUUGCACAGUGUUGUAUCAGAUAUCAAGUCAAUGCUCACAUGAAGGAAAUAGUGUGUGAAUAUUUAUUCUGAUUAAUCAGAUACUGGACAAAGUAUUUGUUCUGUGUUCACUGUUAAACAUCAUAAAGGAGGAAAAGAGCAGCCAAAAAUUAAAGAAACUCUCUGACACUGAAAAUAAAAACAGCUAAUAAAAUGUA